CUACGGGGAGCUUGUUUUUAGAAGUCUCCGUGCUAGAUAUUCUAGAUGUCCUAUCUGUUUGUUCUCAUUAUUAUUAUGAUACGGAUAGGGCUUCGCCGGACUUAUUAUGUAGACGUGGCAAUUAGGAAUUUAUAAAAUGCUAGACCGUUCAGGCUGUGUCUGUUCAUUUAGACUUGCCAAUAUAUCAGAGCUCUCAAGUUACUUGUCAACCACAAGCUAUAAGUCAAUAUUAGGUACAUAAUACACCUAUAACAAUAUCCAGAUAGAAUCAUCACUUACGACCUGAAAACAAACACAAUGGCCACAUCGAAAGACUUACCGCCAUUAGACGUUGGAUUCGGUAGUAUCUUCGUCAAGAACCAAUUUCGUACCAAGCCCCAAUAUCCGCCGAGUACUACCGAUCUUACCGGGAAAGUCGCCCUCAUUACUGGAGCUAAUACCGGUCUUGGAUACGAAGCUGGUAAGCAAAUGCUUGCGCUCCGUCUAUCUCAUCUCAUCAUUGCAGUCCGGAGCAAGGAAAAGGGAGAUGCAGCUGCUUCUAAGCUUAGAAGCCUAUAUCCAAAAGCCAAGGUCGAGGUCAUGAUCGUGGAUAUGAGCAAGUACAAUUCUGUCCAAGAAUUCGUCCGUAAUGUCGACAGCAAGCUAUAUCGGCUAGACAUCGCAAUUCUCAACGCAGGCGUCAUCAAACUAAAGCACGCCACGGAACCCAGCACCGGCCACGAACAAAUCCUACAAGUCAACUACCUCUCAACGGUCCUGCUCGCCAUCCUCCUACUUCCCAUACUCAAGAAGAAGUCUCCACCCGGGACCCCCGGCCGACUUACAGUCGUCAACGCGGCCCUAGCCCUCACCGCGCCUCUGCCCAAACCCGACCACGGCCACGAGUCCAUCUUCGCAACCCUCGACGACCCCAAAUCCUUCGUUCCCAACACCGACAAGACCUACAACAUGUCCAAGUUCCUCGGCCAGAUGUUCGCCUACAAGCUGGGCGAGUACGUGUCCGCGGACGACGUGGUCGUCAACUUCGUGUGUCCGGGCUAUGUCAGGGGCACGGAUCUGGGCCGCGAAGCCAGCGUUCUCAUCAGGCCUGCGGUCGCCUUGUUUGCCGCUGUGGCGGGGCGGUCGACGCGGGAUGGCGCCUCGACGUAUUUGGAUGCGGCGCUGGUGAAGGGGAAGGAGUCGCAUUGCUCGUUUAUUAUGAGUUGGAAAGUUUCGCCGUUUAACUCAUUUCUGUAUACUCCGGAAGGGAAAGAUACUGCGGACCAAGUCUUUGAGGAGACGAUGAAGGAGUUGGAGUUUGCUGAUGCUAGGGGGAUUUUGGAGUCGAUGAAGACCUCAGCAGUUGUUUUCAGGGGUCAAUGAAGGGGUAGAGCAAUUUGAACAUUAGAGGGCGUCAUCACUUGUAUACUAUGAGGAACAGCGAGUAUCAUAAUUCAUAUAUGUUAUUGAUAGUUAUAAUGAUGG